UUUAGCAUAGAGGGAAGUUGCUUGAGGUGGUUAUGAAAUGUAUGCUGGAUGUCUUCUUUUGCUAGCUAAUAAUACGCUUUGAAAGGUGUCCAUUUUUUGGGAUAAGACUGCGACUCCUUGAGGUAUCCUAUCUGCCCAAGGAACACCUUGCGAUUCCAACCCCGAUGAUUCAAAUAUAUGUUUCUAAGUUUGUCCGCAAAUGGCAUAAAUCAGUUUAUCCCCCCAAUAGACUCUCUGCUGGAGUGGCACUGACAGCUUCAAACACAUACUGAUGUAGAAAUGUCUCUGGAUGAGUAUCUACUGUAAAUCCAAAGUCUAAAUCUCUGACAUCCUCACAAUGAGCCCAAGAUCUUUGUGUAUUAACUGUUCUGAAUGUGUUUGUUUCUCCGCUGAUUCUAGCCCCGCUAAUGUAAAAAAUGGGAGACUGGAACUUCCUGGGUGGGAUCUUGGAGGAGGUGCAUAUCCACUCCACCAUGGUCGGCAAGAUCUGGUUGACCAUCCUGUUUAUCUUCCGGAUGCUGGUGCUAGGUGUGGCCGCCGAGGAUGUGUGGAACGAUGAGCAGUCCGACUUCAUCUGCAACACGGAGCAGCCUGGCUGUCGAAACGUCUGCUACGACCAGGCUUUCCCCAUCUCCCUGAUCCGCUACUGGGUGCUCCAGGUGAUCUUUGUGUCCUCCCCCUCCCUAGUCUACAUGGGCCACGCCAUCUAUCAGCUGCGUGCACUGGAGAAGGAACGCCACUGCAAGAAGGUGGCUCUGCGCCGGGAGCUGGAAGCCGUUGAUGCAGAGAUGGUGGAGGUGAAGAGGAGGAUUGAGAAGGAAAUGAGGCAGCUGGAGCAGGGGAAGCUGAACAAAGCCCCACUGAGAGGCUCCCUGCUGUGCACCUAUGUAGCCCACAUUGUUACUCGCUCUGUGGUGGAGGUGAGCUUCAUGACUGGUCAGUACAUCCUCUAUGGACACCGCCUGAGCACGCUGUAUAAGUGUGAGAGGGACCCGUGUCCCAACAUGGUGGACUGUUUUGUCUCCAGAUCCACGGAAAAAACCAUCUUCAUGAUGUUCAUGCAAGCUAUUGCUUGCAUCUCCCUCUUUCUCAGCCUGCUGGAGAUAAUGCAUCUAGGGUUCAAGAAGGUCAAGAAAGGUAUUCUCAACUACUAUCCCCACCUCAAGGAUGAUCUGGAUGACUAUUAUCUGAACAAGUCCAAAAAGAACUCUGUUGUCCAUCAAGUUUGCGUUGGAACUUCGGUCGGACGCAAGAGCACGAUUCCCACUGCUCCCAGUGGAUACACAUUACUGCUGGAAAAACAGGGCAAUGGACCCAACUACCCCCUACUCAGCGCCUCCUCUGCCUUUGUGCCUAUACAAGGGGAUCUCGGCGCAAAGCCGGACAGCCACAAGGACACCAAAGAGGGAGUACCAAGUCCCACAGAGCAGAACAGCAACUCUAACAACACAAGCAGUGAGACACGCUCACCUCCUGUGGACAAAGAAGAUGAACCAGAGGAGCUGUCCUCAACCCACCAUGAUGAACUAGAGUGUGGGAGCUGUGAGUACCCUACUCUUCCUGUGGCAGACACUUCAUCCUCUACCACAUUGUCUGGCAUGACGAGGAAGAUACGAAGGCUCAGUCCACCAUGGAACUGUUCAACGGUGGUGGAGGGAAACUGCUCAGACAGUGGAGACUCCUACCGCGGAAACGGCAGCAUGAAGCUACGCAGCAGCGUUGCCGGCCCCAGAGCCAGAAUCGUCUCCAAGUCAGACACGAAAAGGCCGAGCAGGUCCCAGAGCCCAGACUCUGUCGGGGAGCUGAGCUCAAUGUCUCGACAAAGCAGGGAGAGUAAUAGUCCUGUCACUUCCUCUCCGAACAGGAGAGUUUCAGCAGCAAGCAGUGGGAGUAGCAGACGUGCCCCAACAGACUUGCAAAUUUAAAACAGACUCUUUGUAGGUAGAACAGAACAAAAAUCCUGAUUCAGACAUCUCUUUUGAUUUUUCUUCCGAAAAUGCAAAAGUACUGUUGACAAUUGAGGGGAAAAUGGAGCA